AAUUAAUUAAAUCUGAAAUCAAUUUAAUUUCAAUUUGUGAUAACGUGUAUAUCUGUGAAUCAUGAGAUCUGAAACAUGGUGCGGCGUUUAAUUCCAACUGCCCAUCUACACUAAUAAACUGGUAACAAGCGCUCCAAUUGAAGCCACGACAUCGAGCUUGCGUCUACCAAACUCCAUCGUCUACAAAAACAUCGUCACCUCACCGCGAAGCUAGACAGCUAUGGUGGUGGAGGUGGAAAAAUCUCACCCGACAGUGCAGGUCACCAAGCUCAAAUUCACCUAUCCGGGAAUCGACGGUCAUCCUCCGCCCGGCGCAAAGCCUCUCAUUGAUGAUUUCAAUCUCUCUCUCUUCGCCGGCGACCGCUGCCUUCUUGUCGGCUCCAAUGGCGCAGGGAAAACAACUAUCUUGAAAAUUAUUGGAGGGAAGCACAUGGUGGAGCAGGAAACUGUUAGGGUUUUGGGAAGAUCAGCGUUUCACGACACUGCAUUGACUGCGUCCGGCGAUCUUUCUUAUCUUGGCGGCGAGUGGAGAAGAGAAGUUGCUUUUGCUGGUUAUGAGGUUCCAAUUCAAAUGGAUGUGUCUGCUGAUAAAAUGAUUUUUGGGGUAGCAGGCGUCGAUCCCAAAAGACGAGAUGAACUAAUAAAGGUUUUAGGAAUUGACUUGUCCUGGAGAAUGCAUAAAGUAUCCGAUGGUCAAAGAAGGAGAGUUCAAAUAUGCAUGGGUCUUCUAAAGACAUUCAAGGUCCUCCUGCUCGAUGAGAUCACUGUUGACUUAGAUGUCUUAGCCCGGGCUGACCUCCUAAAGUUUCUGAAAAAGGAAUGUGAAGAACGCGGAGCAACAAUCAUUUACGCUACACAUAUCUUCGAUGGUCUUGAGGAUUGGCCAUCUCACAUUGUGUAUGUGGCUCACGGGAAGUUGCAACUCACGAUGCCAAUGAAUGAAAUCAAAGAGCUUAGCAAUCUGUCCUUGAUGAGAACUGUGGAGCGUUGGCUGAGGAAAGAGAGAGACGAGGAGCGACUGAGAAGAAAAGAGAGGAAGGCAAAGGGGCUGCCGGAACAUGAGAAAAGAGUAGACGGCAGCCGUGUGAUAAAUAAUGGGUGGGCUGCUGGGAGGCUAAACUCAACUGUUGCUGGAGAAGAGAAUUUUGUUUUGAGCUCAAAUAGGGUCCUCAGAUAAAAAGAAACAAAAAACUAUAUUUUCUCAGGGUUUGAGGUAUCAUUUUACCCCUCAUAAUAUUUUUUUCUAAGUGAGUUCAGCAUUAUACUAAAUACGUAUAUAGAAAUGUAUUUUACGUUUUUUU